AUGGGCGGCCAGAAACGAGAUCGAGCACGGCCUGCGGCUAGUCCCGAACAAGCACAGCAAAUUGCGCUAUCUAGGGCGCUUUCAAAAACGUUGCGGCAUGCUGCCGCGUCUCAGGGCAUCGCCAUAGAUAGCAAUGGGUACUGUUUGGUGAGCGACCUGUUGACUCACUCCCGCUACAAAAGCUUGCAGGCCACGGCUGAGCAGAUCAAGCAGGUCGUGGAGUCUAACGAUAAACAGAGAUUCGAGUUCGAUGCCACGGGCGCAAAAAUCCGAGCUCGCCAGGGCCACAGCAUCAAUGUGGAUGUCGAGCUGACUCCAUUGACUCCAGACUCGCUGCCAAACGUUGUUGUUCACGGUACCAAUCCCACCGCCUGGGAGUCGAUCAAGACUCAGGGCCUCAGCCGACAAAACCGAUUGCACAUCCACAUGGCAGCAGGGUUGCCUGGAGAAGUAAUUUCAGGCAUGCGGCAUUCCGCCAAAGUACUUAUUUAUAUCAAUGUGCCAAAGGCCAUGGCGGACGGCAUCGAGUUUUUCCGGUCAGCAAACGGUGCUAUUCUCUCUAGUGGGAAAGACGGUACAAUUUCUCCUGAAUAUUUCUUGAAGGUGACCGAUAGAGCUGGAAAUAGUCUUAUUUAG